AUGCCCUCCACGGUUGUGAUCGCAUCGAUCUUGACGGCAUUCCCCCUCGCCGCUUCUGCGGCUGCACCGGAGUGGCUCGAGCCAACCAGGUCAUCGUUGGACAUCGGUCUCGCGCUGUUCUCGCUCCUCUUCUUCCUUCGAAUCCCUCUCACGUGGUACCCGCAAAUGGAUCUCAACCAGUUUCCUCAGAACAUCGUUGCCUGGCCGACAGAACCCUUCUGCAAGCUUGUUCGGCUGGCAGUUCCGCCUCUCUUUGGUGUUGACAUCAGUCCUAUUGUUCUCUAUGGCGUCCUGAGUUUCAUCCGUGAAAUUUUCCUCGGACAGCAGGGGGUUCUGACUAUGAUUGCAAAUAAAUGA